GGGUAGACACAGUAGUGAAUACACAUACUUUUUUUUGGACCCUUAGUUUAAUUAAUUUAAAUUAUAAUAGUGGUGAUUAUUUAUGUCAUAAUAUAGUAGAUGUGUUCUAGACCCCCCCUUUGCUAGUCAAUUAUUGUUAUCAAGUGCCUACAACUAAGUUACACCAAUACCGAACCCAUCAGGGAGCCAUGGAAACCAAACUUGCUGCUAGUCUUGACAAUAUGAAGGCCCUUCUCCUCUCAAGGAUGACUGCUCACGAGGAGAAGCUGGAGAAGGUCACAGCAGCAAAUUCGCCCCCGGCUGACAUCAUUGAGCUGCGGUCCGAGUACUUAAAAUUUAAAGGUUUUGUGCUGGAAGUACUGAGCAGCUUUAGUACUCAAAUUGAAUUGCUGUCACAGGGCCAUGACAGGCACGAAACGGCCAUGCGAAAGAAAGUGCUGCUUGUCCAUGGUGUCCCGGAGGUGAAGCAAGAGAGAUUGCAUGAUGUCGUCACUGCAGUGCUGACCAGUCAGAUGAAGUUGUCCGAGGUGGGUGGAUCCGACAUCCAUGUGUGUCAUCGACUGGGAUACUCGAACCGCAGCCCUAGGCCGAUACUCGUGCGUUUUUUCAAGACGGAACACCGGCACCUUGUAUGGGACAAUAAGAAAUCACUUAAAGGCUCCGGGAUCACUAUUUCUGAAUUCCUAACACAAAUGCGUCACCGUGCCUUCACUGCCGCACGAAAAUAUUUCGGUAUAACCAAUUGCUGGUCAGUUGAGGGCAAGAUAGUGAUCAUUGCCCCCGAUAAAUCGCGUCACAAGAUCGAGUACAUGUCUCAACUCGAGGAACUUAUUGCCAAAUUCCCACGAUGCCCAUCUGAUGGUGAUGAUCCAGUGAGUGUCGCUGGCCCGGGCUUGGCAACAGGUGCUUGUAAUGACUCGUUACCCAAGACCCUACGGAGAACACGUAACACCCGCCGAAACUGAAUGUUAGUAUCUUGUGUUUAUUUUACUGUGUCAUAUCAUGAUGUGGUGGUUAAAUGUAUUAGUUUUCAUCGCUGACCGUACUAAUUUAUCUCAUCACACAUUAAUAUAACUGCAUUUUUGUUUUCGUUUGCCGGUACAUCGAUAAUUUGUUUUGUUGUUUUGCUUAUUUGCUUUUAUCUUGUUGUCACUAAUGUCACUAAUCAUAAUUGUCAUCUGUCAUUAAUGUCAUUUUAUCUGUCAAACGUCAUGCUCCAUUCCAUUUCAUUUCAUGCUUUAUGGUGGGUUUAUGGAUCAUUGAUGCGUUUUAUUAUAGCAAAUAUCAAUUUUUCUGUGGUACACUUUUUAUCAUUCUUUUUCAAUUUAUUUUGCAUUUUUUUUUUUUUAUUUACAUACACUUUUGGUACUCUAGCAAGUGGGGGAGGUUGCUUUUAUUGUAUUUGCAAGCAGCCAC